UUCGAUUGCGCCGCCUCUGUGCUUCCACACUUUCUUCUGCCCAGGAUGGCGCUUGCGGAUGCCUUUCGUGUCCCAAAUCACACGCGCAUUGGGGAAUCAUGGAUCACGCUGCCAGUGUGGAGUAGUGCGAGCGAGAUCUUUAGGGUACCAUGUGCGUAAGUGAAAGCACCAGCGCCCCGGUUGGGUGACUGGUGUGCUGUCCAAGGGUCCCGUCCGCUGUUACCUGUAGGUAUGCAGGAGUAAAUAGGCCCCCCGUCCUAGCUACAUUACCUACUACGGCCAGGUUUGGAGUUGGCCCGGCUGGAGCGGGCGGGUGGAUGGGAGAAACAAUAAGCCCGACAGCACCAUUGUGAUUUGUGACCAUGUAGCAUGGCACUCCCCAAAGGGCCGGUCGCGAGCCUACGUGUCUUGGUCACCGGCGAUAGGAGGUACUCAGUCUGCAGAAAGGCCACUGCGCUGCACCUCCAUUUCGACCUUUUGACCUCCAGCGCUGGAACGCUGCACGUCGUCAAACAAAAACAAUCCUCUGUCGCCGCCAGCCAGCCAGCCACGAGCAGAGCGUCAAUAAUCAUGACCGCUGUCGCAGAUGGACUGCGAUCUUCUUAUCAUUCAGCCUGCUCGGAAUAGCGAGACGGAUCACACCAGGCAUACGCAACUCGGCUCAGCCGCCGAACACCCUGUCCAACCCAACAAACAGACCUUCCAAACACGAAUCACGAUAUCUUGCGAGAGCCCAGGAUGCAAUUCAUCAGGCGCGCUCCAGAUGAAUGGCUGCCGGAGAACAACAGCGUGGACGGCGCAGAUGUUGUCGUUCAAAUUGGCUCUGCGAAAACUGGUCUCCAAGCAGCCCAUCUGAUGCACGCCAACAUCCGCAUCUCCCGCUCACCACAACUCGCUGUUGAAGCACUGGAUCCAACUCAUACCUUGGUAUUACCACAGGCCACUACCACGCAAGGCAAAGCGCUGGAAGCUCUGUCCGAAAUGCAGAACGCUCUCUCUCCCCAACCGCCGAAGGACGAGUCAUGUGGCUCGUGGAGUCCUUAUUCCCCUGAUGAUGCUUAUCCCUACAGGCCGCAACCUAGUUCGACAGGCCACGACAGCGCUACCCUGCCCUGUCUACGCCGGGAACCGUCUGAUGCUAUGCUUCCCGCCUACUACGAUCCUGGACAGCAUCCUUAUUACAUUUCGCAACAGACUUCUGCGUCUGCCGUGCGGGACAUGGCACUUUACAAGGGCGCGCCUACCAUUUUCGAGAACACUGGUCGUGCACCUCUGCGCACCAGGUCUUCCAAGGCUCCGGAAGUUGUUGAAGAGAACUUGCCACAGGCGAGAAACUUUCGCAGAUUCUCGACGAGAAGGAGCUCCAGAUCGCGAGGUCUGGAUCUGGUGAACCUAUUCCCUCAGCCCAGGUCAGCCAGCGUGCGCUUCUUCUCCCAAUCUCGACUUUCUCGAUCGCCAUUCACCAUGACCGACUUCACGUCGUCGCCCUCAUCCGAUCGCAAAUCCAGGAAGUCCAGAAUGGCCGCAGGCUCGGAGAGUGCAUCGGGUAGCGGCCGGUUUGGUAGACCAUUCGAUGAAGCUAUUCUCGACCAGCACAAGACGAACGUUCGCCGCCCUCCAAAGGGAAUUAAGAACUGGUUCGAUGCUUAUCUUGACGAGGACGACGAGGAAGAUGAUCUUGCAGAUGAGGUUGACGAAGCCGAGCCCCAGGAACUUCCCGGCGAUGAUCUACAUCCACCUGCCUAUACUGGCCACCAUCGACACGCGUCGCGAGCGAUUGAGAAAUCUACGAAUGGCUUCAGUGCACCAAUCGACUCACGCCAUGCGCCUCGCCAGGCUGUGGAAAAUGCUCCGGGGCACGCGCGCCUCAAUCGGAGCAGCAACUCCAGCAGAACCGACAGCAUCCAGUCUUCGCAUCUGGGUAGCAAGUACGAUGGUGCGCACAAUAGAGUUGCGUCGUCCAAUAUAGAAGGAGAUAGUAUAAUGUCGUUAUCGGGAUCUGAGUAUGAAGACGAAGAUGAGGACUACGAAUCAGAUGAGAAUGAUGAGGAGGAGGCCGACGGGGCUCGGGGCAAGCUACCAGCAAUCCGAGACAGUAUCUUCGAUGAUCGCAACAUAAUGGUUGCGGAUGCGUCCACAUUAGACGUCAUGAGAGUGCCGAAGCCGACACAACUCAGUGACAUACGCAUCUAUAACCAAGUGAACAGCAGUCGAAGCUCAUUCCGCUCAUCAACAUCUGCGCCCUCGACACAGCGCCGCGACAGGCUAGCUCCGCUACCGCCUCAUCAGGAACAGCCUUCUUUCAGCGCAAUCGCUUCCGACUCUGACACGUUACGGCGCUUGAAUGGACUUAGUGUGAAAUCGUCCUGUACCACCGAGACCACUGAGACCAGCCACACUAGUCGGACGCAAGAGACUCGAAGCUCAGGGACUUCCUACGAUGACCCUGUCAACAGGGCGUCACAAGACGCUCUGCAUAUGGUCGCAAUCACCGAGGAGGAGAGAAUGUUACUCGAAAUCAUGAGGCAAAAGCGCGUUGCGAUGCAGCAGAUGUCGUUCACCGAAGGCUACCAAUUAGCACUUCGCACCGAGCAGCAACGUCUAGCGUCGCGUUCUAGUAACGCCGAGGAACAUGUCUUGAACCGUAUCGAAGUUGAGCGAAAGGGCAAGAGCGAGUAUCGCGCAACUGAAAUGGGUGCAUCUGCUCAAACUCCGACGCAAGAAAGCGAGAUGCGCAGACAGCUGAGCGCCAUAUGCAAAGAACAAGUCGACGACCGUUUUCAGAUGGAGAGGUUCUUGAAUAUGUCUGGACCAGCACCAUUAGCAUCACACCCGCCUGAUGCGCCGCAGACUGCACGGAAGAUAAGAGCACCCAGCGGAGAAGUGCUGCCCGCCACCAGAUAUUCUCCGGUCGCGUAUGGUACGCCUGCCACGAGCAUCUCGGGAAAGGCUAGUUGCUCCUCGAUGACCGACUUGAAUGAUGCUGAGGCUGUCCGAAUGAGAGUGAAGCAAUUCAUCUCGAGCAAAGGCGCUGUACCACCACUUGAUUCGAACAUACGAACCAUGCGCCGACCGCCAACACGACAAACUACGAGCAUGUCGCCGUCACCCGUGAUGGAAGAGGAUCAAACUGGUGCUCCCCCUCUCCCACCACGAAGCCCGCAGCGCUCCGUGAGUCACAGACGCGGGUUUUCCAACAACACAGUGAGCACAUUGGGCCUCAGACGAUCUUCGUCGUCCAUCCGGGGUGAAUCGAAGGACAGAUCUCCCGUAUCAGCGCUCAGCGGCAAAUGCAGCACACAUCGAACGAACUCUCCCGACAUGAUUGUCGCACAGCAUGACUCGAUUCACGACGUGGCGUGCCUGUCAUCGAGACUUGUUGUGCCUAACCAGGGCGAUGGCAAGGUCGCAGAGUCACCCGCACCGCUUCAACUGAGCUCCUAUCAACCUCGCGUAUCAUCCAUGGCAGCCUCUCCAUUUGCGACUCUCAUCAAUUCAGCUUCGAGGAACAAUGUCCUACAUCACCCGGCACCUCACGUCAGCUCGCAAUCUGACCAUCCUCGCGGAGCUUCGUCAACGGAAAUGUGUCCUGCGCCUGCCCACGAUGGGUUGCAAAAGAUCGAUGUCACAAAGACCCGAGUGAGUAUGGGCAAACAACCAGUCCUGCCUAGACUCGAUACCAGGGACCACGUGCGCGACGCGCGGGCUAGCAUGCUGAGCAUUACGUCUGCCGGCGAGGAGGUUCUGAAUGCGUGGGCCGAGCUAGGAGGCGGACAGGAUUGCCUCCAGACAAAGGUCAGGCAUCGUGUCUCGUGAAUGGGAGAAGGCGUUAUGCCGUCGACGCUGGCUGUGCCGCUGUGGUACACGUCUCCCAGUCGUCAAUUCUCACAAGUGCAGAGAUUACCAGGGUGUACCCGAGCUUUCGCUACGCUCGGCACAGCUAUGUAUGGAACCCAUGCGGACUGGUAAAUUCCAUUCUUGGAGUCUCGGAUGCAAAACCAAAUGACCAUAUAGUGUGCGAGCUUUUUCUUCUCUGCAGGGAUACCCUUUUUUUUUAUAAAGAUAUGACGAAGUGCUCGCACAAUUUGAUACAACAUCUCUCGUGGUACGAGCUCAGUCGAAGUUCACAAUUCACCCGUCUGUGUAUCAGGGGGUAAGAUUGAAUUGCAUGUAUUACUCGUAGAUCGUCCACGGUCCGCGAAUGCCGUACGCGGAACUGGUCUACCCACGAAAUUGCCAGUCCACUCUAUGACCCUCGUCAACUUGGCCAUCGACGGUGCUGGAAG